UUAUGGGGUGCUUGCCCUGUGCCUGAUGGCCUCACCUUCAAAUUUCUCACUCCCCAGUUUCCCAAUUGCUGGGAAUAGGCCUCCUUGCCUCCUGCAUUUCCACCUGGUGCAGCCUCCACCAGCUCUUGCAGGGACAACAGCAGGGGCCCCCUGGCUGGCCCUGAGUCCAGACCUGUCUUUGGAUGCCAUGUGCUCAAUUCUAAGGGCAAGAUACCUGGUGGGGGCUCUGAACCAGGCAGCACACAGCUCACGUGACUCGGCUGACACUGAAUUGAGCCUUCAGUGAGCUUCUUGGCCAUCCUGAGACCAGGGGAGCAUCCUUAGCCCACUGGUCACCCGUGCCCUCACCAUGUUGCAGACCCUGCCCCUCCUCCUACUUGACCACACUGCCCAUGGGGUACUGAACAACUGCAGACCAACUCAGUUACUUGUCCAGGGUCCUCCAGACUAUGAGAGACUGAACUGGGGCUCAAAUCCUGCCCAGACCUGGCUGCUGCUCAAAGGGCCCCUCCAGAAGCAGGGCCUGGAGGAGGAAACCUGACUGUCCUUUCCCCUUAGCUGGUCAAGGGCCACCUUGUUCGGCCCCACCUUUACUGUUCUCACUGGCCCAUACUCGGCCAUGGCUGCAGCUGCUGCCAUCCCAGGCCCUGAUGCCAGCCCUGCUCUGGCACAUCCUACCCAGUGGGGCACAUGCCCAGGAAAGGGAUUAUCACAUCAAGGUCUUCAGAUAACAGCCUGGUGCACAGGGAUAUAAUAGGGAGCCCUGCAGCAGGCACCCCACACCUCUCUGAAGGCAGCACCAUGAACUUCCUCUGGCUUCUCUCCUGCUGCGCCCUCCUGGGCACAGCCUUUGGCUGCGGGGUCCCCGCCAUCCAACCUGUGCUGAGCAGCCUCUCCAGGAUCGUCAAUGGGGAAGAAGCUGUCCCUGGCUCCUGGCCCUGGCAGGUGUCCCUGCAGGACAGGACCGGCUUCCACUUCUGCGGGGGCUCCCUCAUCAACGAGAAAUGGGUGGUCACCGCCGCCCACUGCGGUGUCACAACCUCCGAUGUGGUCGUGGCUGGGGAGUUUGACCAAGGCUCAAGCUCUGAGAACAUCCAGAAGCUGAAGAUUGCCAAGGUUUUCAAGAACUCCAACUACAACUCGUUAACCAUCAACAAUGACAUCACCCUGCUGAAACUGUCCACGGCUGCAAGCUUCUCCCAGACUGUGUCCGCCGUGUGCCUGCCCAGUGCCAGCGACAACUUCGCUGCCGGGACGAUUUGCGUCACCACAGGCUGGGGCCUGACCCGAUACACCAAUGCCAACACCCCUGACCGGCUGCAGCAGGCGUCCCUGCCCCUCCUGUCCAACACCAACUGCAAAAAAUACUGGGGCACUAAGAUCAAAGACGCCAUGAUCUGUGCGGGCGCCAGCGGUGUCUCCUCCUGCAUGGGCGACUCUGGCGGCCCCCUGGUCUGCAAGAAGAACGGAGCCUGGACCCUGGUGGGCAUCGUGUCCUGGGGCAGCAGCACGUGCUCCACGUCCACCCCUGGCGUGUACGCCCGCGUCACUGCUCUCGUCAACUGGGUGCAGCAGAUCCUGGCCGCCAACUGA